CAAACGCGGUAUGCAUCUCCUCUUCCCUCCCGCAGUUUCUUCUCUCUCAUAACUUUCCGGCGACCACCAUAAAAACGUCAAGACUCCUCUCCGGCGGUCACACCUCAAUCAAUUCUUCACUGUUUUUGGUCGACGGAGAAAAAGGGUAUUAUAUAAUUACGAUGACGAAGCAAAAGAAGCAGUUAGCUUACAUAUCAGUACCUUCUCAGAUCAUCGGAACUCUUUCAUCUUCAUCUCUUCAAUCACUCCUUCUCUCUCCUAAGAAAUCUUCCUGCAGCAAUACCAGAUUCUGGAAAAGUCCAAAGUUCUGGUUUUUGUCCCUCUUUCUAUUCACCUUCAUUGGAAUGUUAAAGAUGUGGUUCAAUCUGGAACCCUGCUAUCUCACUCGUGAUCAAGAUCCUCCAUUUUCAGAUGGGUUUUCGAAUUCCAAGCUCGUCGUUGCUCCGACAAGAGAGAAAGUCAUGAAAACAGAGAUGGCGUUCUGGAAACAACCGGAUGGGAAAGGGUAUAGACCUUGUUUGGAUUUCAGUCGUGAAUAUAGAAAAGCAAGCAGUGAGAUUGUUAAAGACAGGAAAAAGUAUUUGAUGAUUGUCGUCUCCGGCGGAAUGAAUCAACAGAGAAAUCAAAUUGUUGAUGCAGUCGUGAUUGCUAGAAUUAUUGGAGCCACUCUUGUUGUUCCAACCUUACAAGUCAAUGUAAUUUGGGGAGAUGACAGUGAAUUCUCUGACAUAUUCGAUCUGGAUCAUUUCAAGAAAUCUCUGUCAAAUGAUAUCCAUAUAGUUUCAUCACUCCCAUCAACUCAUCUGAUGUCGAGGCCGGUGGAGGAUAAGAGAAUGCCGGCAAAUGUCUCGCCGGAGUGGAUCCGAUCGCAUUAUCUCAGAAAGUUUAGGAGAGAUGGGGUAUUGCUAUUACGUGGUCUUGAUUCGAGGCUUUCUAAAAACCUUCCAUCGGAUCUUCAAAAACUUCGAUGCAAGGUUGCAUUUGAGAGUCUUAAAUUUGCACCGAAGAUUCUGGAAUUAGGAAAUAAGCUUGCAGAAAGAAUGAGAAGCAAAGGACCUUACCUAGCUCUUCAUUUAAGAAUGGAAAAGGAUGUAUGGGUCAGGACGGGUUGCCUGCCCGGAUUGAAACCGGAGUACGAUGAAAUCAUCCGCCGUGAGAGAGAGCUGAGACCGGAGCUCUUAACUUCGAAAACAAACAUGACAGCCCAUGAACGCCGCCUUUCUGGACUCUGCCCGUUAAAUGCGAUGGAAGUGACGAGGUUAAUUAAGGCACUUGGAGCUCCAAAAGAUGCUAGAAUUUAUUGGGCAGGUGGAGAACCGUUUGGUGGGAAAUUAGAAGCAUUGAUGCCAUUGAUAAAGGAGUUUCCUAAUUUGUUUAAUAAAGAAGAACUUGCUUUGGAAGGAGAAUUGGACAUGUUUAAGAACAGAGCUUCUUUAAUGGCGGCGAUUGAUUAUAUUGUUGCUGAGAAGAGUGAUGUUUUCAUGGCUUCUCAUGGCGGAAACAUGGCUCAUGCCAUACAGGGACAUAGGGCAUAUGCAGGGCACAAGAAAUUCAUAACGCCCAACAAAAGACAGAUGUUGCCUUACUUUUUGAAUUCGUCAUCUUCAUCUCUAAGUGAGGAAGAGUUUAAUGGGAUUAUGGUGGAUCUUCACCGUGAUAACAUGGGUCAACCGGAGAUAUCGACGGAAAAAAUGGUGAGAGAUGUCACAAAGUUCCCCGUCAGCGGAUGCAUGUGUAAUGAUCAUCGGUGAUAAAGCCGGGGGAAGAAGGACAGCAAAAGUCCUUAAUGAAGACUGACUUGUAAUUAAUUCAUGAACACGGCGGGCGGUUACACGGGAGAGUUAAAGAUGGAAUUUUUGCAGAUUGAUUCUUUUAUUCUUUUAUUACAAGAAUUCGAGUGAAUUUGAUAUGUAAAGUCUCUUAUUGCAUUGGAUUUGUAUAUACCAUGUAAAAAAAAAGUCAAUUCUUUUGUAUAAUAAAUAAUAACAUAUACACAUUUCUUU